CUACUACUUAACAAAAAAUGUGAGUGUUUGACAAAUUAAUAAUUCAUGUAGCUUUUAAUAGUGGAGGUAUCUUUUAUGAGAAGUUAGGAUCAAAGCUUUUGAAAUUAGAGGGUAUCUUUUGAAGUAGCGGUUUAAAAUUUAAAAUAUAAUAUUUUAUCCGACGCACCAGCUUAACAACCGGUAAGAAAAAAAAAAGUCACACUUUCACCCCCAUGUCCUCCUUACCCCCAAACCCCUCAAAAAAAAAACCUAAGCCUCUAAACUCUCCCUUCUCACGCAAACACAUCAACAUUUGCUCCUCAUUUUUCCAGCGUUCUUCUUCAACCUUUACACUUCGAUCUUUCACCUCUUUCUCUCACUCUAUCUCCUCCCCAUUUUCUCUCUCCUCCGUCCGCCGUUGCCGCCGCCGCCGCCGCCUCAUUUGAACUGCGGUUGAGCCGUCGCAAAUACCGGAACUUUGUCGAUGAUCAACGUAUACUUUUUGGAAGAUCAGUUGAAUCAGAGUUGCCAAUUUCUGCCAUUAAAAGCCCUUUUCUUUACUCUCUCUUAAAUUCCCUGCUUUUUUUCAUGUCUUCUUUUAUAACCCUUUAUUAUAGUAUUCUAAUUACCCAUUCUCAUACUCAUAGUACAUUCAGUCCAGUUUUCUCUGUGCAUCAUGAACAAUUCUGAGAUGAUAUUGUUUGGAUCUUUUACUGAAGAAGAGUUAAGGUCAAUAAACAAUAAACCAUCUGAGAAUUCUAAAGUACCUCCACGCAAAGAAGAACUCCAGUUUGGUUCAUUGUCUUUGGUGACAGGAGCAUUCUUGAGCAGUGAAAAUGGUGAAACUGGAACUAAGAUACCUUCUUCUGUGAAAUCAUCUGAUUCUGUCAAGAAAGUUGAUGGUCCCGUGCAUUUAAAUGAUGCUGUUCCAGUAUCUAGAGCGGUCUUAAAAGAAAAUGGAAGCAUACAUAGUUCUGAACAUUCUCAACCACUAGCUAAUGGCCUAAAACAAAUCAAAGGUGGAAGUCAUGAUCUACCUUCUGCAUGCCUCUCAAAUAAUGAUGCUACUGUUUCUUCUCAACAAUUCUUAAGUUCAUCUCAAGGUUGUCAGGACAUUAGGUUGAAGGAGAGAUAUUCUAAUGGUGUUCAUGAUGCACUACAAAAGUCUGUCCCUUUGAAAGAUGACCUGAAAAAAGCUGCUAAUGGUAGCGUUGCUACUGCUUGUGACUUGCUUCCCAGGGGCUUGAUCAAUGCUGGGAAUUUAUGUUUCCUUAAUGCGACUUUGCAAGCACUUUUAUCCUGCUCCCCUUUUCUGAAGCUCUUGCAGGAACUUCGAACUCGUGAUAUCCCGAAGGUUGAUUAUCCAACACUGAUUGCAUUCGUGGAUUUUGUAUCGGAGUUUGACAUACCGCAUGGCUCAAGUUCAAAGCCAAGAGAUCCAAAUAUUGUUGAUACAGGCAGGCCUUUUAGCCCUGCAAUGUUUGAAGAUGUGGUGAAAAAGUUUACUCCAGACGUGCCAAGUGGUUUCUCUGGCAGGACAAGGCAAGAAGAUGCUCAAGAAUUUUUGAGCUUUGUCAUGGACCAAAUGCAUGACGAAUUACUUAAGCUAGGUGGGCAAAAUUCUGGCAUGGCUGCACGGAAGUCUUCGCUGGUAUCAUCAUCAGAAGAUGAUGAAUGGGAAACUGUUGGUCCUAAAAAUAAGUCUGCAGUGACAAGAACUCAAAGCUUUGUUCCAUCAGAACUAAGUGCAAUUUUUGGCGGACAAUUGAAGAGUGUUGUGAAGGCAAAGGGAAACAAAGCCUCUGCUACAAUUCAGCCAUAUCUCUUGCUUCAUCUUGAUAUUUUUCCUGAGGCUGUCCACACGAUUGAGGAUGCACUUCGCCAAUUUUGUGCACAAGAAGCACUUGAAGGUUACCGAGCUUCAAACACUGGGAAGGCUGGAUUGGUGACAGCUAGCAAAUCUGUCAAAAUACAAACCCUGUCUAAGAUUAUGAUAUUGCACCUGAUGCGCUUCAGCUAUGGGAGUCAAGGGAGUACGAAGUUGCACAAGCCCGUUCAUUUUCCCCUUGAGUUUGUGUUAAUCUCACAACUCCUUGUGUCACCUACAACUGAGGGUAGGAAAUAUAAACUUGUGGCUACAAUUACUCACCAUGGAAGAGACCCGUCGAAGGGGCAUUAUACAGCCGAUGCUUGUUAUCCUGAUGGGCAAUGGAUACGAUUUGACGAUGCAUCUGUCACUCCAGUACCAACUAGCAAGGUUUUACAUGACCAGGCCUAUGUACUUUUCUACAAGCAAGUAUAGAUCACAAGUUCAUAUAAAUUAACCCUUGGCGAAGUCUGAAAUUACUUGAUCUCGGCUUGGACCAUCUGGUGUGGAAUGUGAAGCUGUUUUGCCUACGCUGUUGAGGUUAGAUUAGUUACUUUCUUCCGUGCAUCUGUUUUGUCCUCACCUCCAUGCAACACAGAGGGGGUACUAAUUUACAUGAAAUAAUUUUUUUUAUCUCAAUAUCAAUAGUGAUAGCUUUGUCAGAAAAGUGGGUGAUGACGAAAUUAAGAGAGAGAGAAAGAAGAGAGAGAAUGGAGGGGAGGGGAGAGGAGCGGGGAAGGGGAUGGUUGGUUUGCAACAAUUGAUCUAGCAUGCUAAUAGAGAAAUAGGGUUUCGUAUUUCUGUAUCUUGUGAAGAAUGCUACUUGUAAUUCUGUGGCAAUUUAUGAUGAGAAGUUCUGAAAGGCUUGAAAUAGGUUUGCUUUUUUUUUUUUUUUUUUUUUUUUAAAUUCAGAGAAUUUUUAUUUUGGCAAGGAUUAGUCAGCUGUAGGCCUAAAUACUAUUCAAUAAAAAUAGUUUUUGUUA